AUGUCCUACUACGAACAACCCCCCUACUACGGCGGCACACCGCAGUACGAACGCCCUCCCUACGACAGACCCCCCUCAGGGUCCCCCUACGACCGUCCCCGCUACGAGGGCCCUCCUUACGGUGGCCCCCCUCCCUCCGACAGACCCCCCUACGGCGGCCCUCCAUCAGGCUCUCCCUACGGCGGUCCCCCUCCUUCCGACAGACCCCCAUACGGCGGUGGCCCUCCAUCAGGCUCUCCCUAUGGCGGUCCCCCCUCCGGCUCCCCCUACGAACGACCCCCCUAUGACCCCCCCCCCCCUUCGGACUCCCCCUACGACCGACCCCCCCAAGGUUCCCCCUACGCUGGGUCCAGCAAUGGGAGCCCACAAUGGGAGCCCAGUAUCCGCCGCGCAUUCUUCCUCGAGGAAUCCACCGGCCGCACGCAGUGGGAGCCGCCCAUGGGCGACAGCGAGUUUGGUGCGCGCGGUGGUCCGCCGCCGGAGUCGGAUUCGUAUUAUCGUGCUGGUCCGCCGCCGCCGAUGGGAUACGGUGGUGGUCCUCCGCCGGGUGGACCGGAGGGGUAUGCUUCUCCGCCGCCUCAGGGCGAGUACUAUCAGGGAGAAGACCCGAACGAGAAGAAAAAGAGUGACCGGAAGAAGUAUCUUUUGGGUGGUGCUGCGGGAUUGGCGUUGGGAGCUGCAGGGGGUGCGUUUAUUGCGCAUGAGAUGGGCGACGACAGUUCCUCUGACGAAGAAAAAGAAAGGGAACAUGAGCGUGAGGAGCGCGAAGAGGCGUAUUCGGACCGCGGGGAUGACUAUCCCCCACCUGAUGAUUGGUGA